GUUAGCUUAGCAGAGUUAGCCUGUAGCACGCGGAGAGAUCCCACCGCUGCAGUCUCUUCAGCGCGUGCUGAGAGGAACACAAACUUUGAGCCGCGAGACACACGCACGCACCCUUGAACAGCCUCGCGGCAGCAGGAGCCGAGCAGUGUUGGGACCGCAGUAAAGAGCACACAAACAUGACAACCACGAUGCCCAGGAGCGUGCUCCGCGAAGCUUCCCAUCAGAUAAUAGCCGGUGGAUCCGCUGGUCUGGUGGAGAUCUGCUUGAUGCAUCCACUUGAUGUUGUAAAGACAAGGUUCCAAAUCCAGCGCGGCGCGAGUGACCCCACCAGCUACAAGAGUCUUGGAGACUGCUUCCGGACAAUUUUCCGCAGGGAAGGAAUCUUUGGCUUCUACAAGGGAAUCCUGCCUCCGAUCCUGGCAGAGACACCGAAGAGAGCAGUGAAGUUUUUCACCUUUGAGCAGUACAAGAAGUUGCUCAGUCUCACCCCUUUGUCUCCUGGAGUGGCGCUGUCUGCAGCAGGCCUCGGCUCAGGCUUGACUGAGGCUGUCGUUGUCAAUCCGUUCGAAGUGGUGAAAGUCAGUCUCCAGGCCAACAGAGAUUCCUUCAAAGAGCAACCCUCCGCUUUUGCCCAAGCACGACACAUAAUGAAGUCAGAUGGCUUUGGACUGAGAGGUCUGAAUAAGGGAUUGACAUCAACACUGGGACGCCAUGGAGUUUUCAACAUGAUCUACUUUGGCUUCUACUUUAACGUCAAGGAUGCCAUUCCUACCAGCCCGGAUCCCACGUUAGAGUUCCUGAGGAAGUUUAUGAUCGGCCUGAUGUCUGGGACCAUCUCCUCAUGUGUGAAUAUUCCCUUUGACGUUGCAAAGAGCCGCAUCCAGGGCCCCCAGCCGAUACCAGGAGAGAUCAAGUACCGCACCUGCUUUCAGACCAUGGCAUUGGUGUCCCGCGAAGAGGGCUACUUGGCUCUAUACAAGGGGUUGGUUCCCAAGAUAAUGAGACUUGGACCAGGUGGAGCGGUGAUGCUGCUGGUCUAUGAAUAUGUGUCUGCCUGGUUGCAGAAGAAUUGGUAACGAGAAAAACGGAAAAGAGAAAUGAAAGCCUUUAAGUUCUGCUCCUAAAGGAAUCCUCAUUCACAGAACUGGAGACGGAUCACAAAGCCUUUUUUUAAAGAAUUACCAAUAUACCAAAUCAGCAUUACCAUAUUUGGACAAUAAAUCCUCAUCUUGCUCAGGACUAAAAGCUGGGUAAAACGUUUCAAUGAAGUUGUAUGGAAAACCAGCAACCACCAUUCAAUAGGAGUGGGGGUACAAUAGAUUUGAAUUAGCACAGAAUUAGUUUGAUUUAAUUUUAAAAAAAUUGUUUUAGUUUUUUUUUGCUUUAGAAUCAAGCCAUCCAAUGAUAGAUGAAGCAAAUGCUGACUUUAUAAAGUGUCUUUUGUAAAUGGAGCUCUGAAGUUAUUACAUAAAAACAGGUUUAAACAUCAGAGCCCUGUUAAAACAUAUAAUUGCAGUUUCAAACUCUUUCUGUUGCCUUAGAUAUGAUGUUUGUGUUUUCUGUGCCCUGCUCCUUGUCCCCCACUCGUUUGAAAGUGGUCAGAGUUUAAUAAAUUAAACUCAUAAGUAGGCGACUGCCUUCCCGGUCCAGGACUCCCGUCACUCCCCUACAGGCAAGAUGAAACUGUGGAUGAGUCCAAUUCUUUAUGCUAAAACAAAGAAAAAAAAUGUAAAGCUGUCUAUUUUAAAAUAAUCCACAACACCAAAACAAGUUGUUUACAUGACAACCCAUUUUCUGUCUACAAUAAAUUAAGAUGUAACUGACUUUGUAAACCGGACAUGGUUUUUUACCUGCUUGGUUGUCCUGUCACUCCUGUUUAAACAGAAAGGGUUAAAGGUUGUUUUUUUUAAAUGCACUUCAGAUUUGGAAUGACACAAACGCAGUUUACAUCAAACAAAAUGCUGGCGUAAAGCUUCUUGGAAAGGUUGUUCUCCCCAGCCUUUCAUAAUCGUCAUCUUCUCUGGUGCGUCUUCACUGGAAAGAAUUGCACAUCAUGGACGCUUCUCCCCUCUGAGGGCUUCAUUGUGCUCUUUUUUUUCAGGCAUGUAGGUAAUUUCUGUCAUCACAAACAUGUGGUUGUUCUUAUUUUAACAGAUUCACGUUUGGACGUAUCCCAUCUGGGAAUAGGUCCAAACUAAUUAGGGAGUUUUAUGGAAAAACCAUUACGAACACACGGAUGAUGCAAAUUAAGUUACUUGGGGACUAAAAGAUUUCUACUUAUACAAAGUAUGACAUUAAUAUGAGUCAAAGUACCCAAAUCAUACCAGCAACUUUCCCUGCAUGGGAAUUUAUGUUUUUUUGCUUUUAUUUGUAACCUAUUCCUAAUCAUUUCAGCCUAUGCAGUGCUUUACGAAAAUAUUUACACCAAGGUUUUUCACAUUUACCGCAUUACAGCCAGAAAUGUUGCAUUGCAGCCUGUAAAUCUGUUUGUUUUUUGGGAUUUUUAGGACAUAGUGGUCCAUAAUUGUGACACUGAGAGAAAAUAAAACAGGGGUUCUCAACAUGUUCUACAAAUAAAAGUCUGAAAACAAGGUGCAUUUAUAUUUAACCCCAGUUGUCAACAAUUUAAGCCUCUCACUGUAAAUUACAGCGGCAAGUAUUUUGGGUUAUGUCUCUACUAGCUUUGCACACAUAGAAAAUGGACAUUUCCUUGUAAUCUAGACAAGGAAUGAGUAACAAUGUCAGCUUCUAAGUAUUUCCACAGAUUCUUUAUUGAAUUUAACUCUUAAUUUCACUUUGCCUAGAUCAUUGAUCUAAAAACCGUUCAAGCAUAGCUUUGGUUGUAUCUUUAGGGUCAUUCAUCCCAGUCUAAAGUCUUUUCCAGCCUUUAACAGGUUUCUUACAGGAUUUCCCUGUAUUUAGCUCCAUCCAUCCUGUCAUAGUCAGUAAUCAGUUUCCCUGUCUGUGUAAUAGAUAUAACCACAGUAUGAGGCUGACACAGGGCUUAUUUGGGAAUUAAAUUACACACAGGUGUACUGUAUGAUUCUGUUUGAUUUAAGGACAUCGCAUCAAUGGGGGUUAAAUAUAAACACGCGUCAAUGUUUUCCAGUUUUUACUUCUUAAAAUAUUUAGAAAACCAUGUACCGUUUUCAUUUCCCUUCAGCUAUGCACUUUGUGUUGAUCAAUAACAUAAAAACAAAACAAAAUGUAUUUAAAUUUGUGGCUGUUCUGUUUAAAAAAAAAUAUGUGACAAAGUUUCAAAGAAACACUUUUGUAAGGGAUUGUGUUUGUAAUUGCAGAUACAUACUGUGAUCUCCCGAUUUCUAGAAAAUUCUUAUUUCAACUUUUCAAUGAGCUUACGAUGACUUAUAAAAUCACAAGAAAUGAGGAAUGCUGUUUUCAUGUUUUGUUAAAAAGCAUAAAAUAAACAAUGAACUCCUCAUGUA